UUCAAAUUACGUAGACCAAAAGGCUUGCAAUUGACCUGGACUAAUAUAAUGUUAAUGCAUUCAGUAUUAUUCGAACUAGAAUUACUGAAAACGGCCACUGAACACAUAAAAGUAGAAGAAGCCACAUCAGAAGUAAUACGAGUCAUGAAUAGAAGAGGCAGUCAAGGAUAUAGAAGUCUGUUGCUCAAAGGACAAAUGAGAUAUAUUAAAGAUAUAGAUUCUAUAAUAUUUCUAUGCAGCCCCUUAAUAAAUAAUCUUGAUGAGCUGUGCGGAAUGGGUUUAUAUCUAAACGACCUGAACUUUCACGGUUUGAGUAGAGAGAUGGUACUGGCAGGAUGGCAACAUUGUUCCAAAUUAGAGCUCAUGUGUGAAAGAGCCGAACAACGCUCCUUAGAACUGGAAGAAACUUAUGAGCUUGCUGAAAAAUGGAAGAGAAAAGGUGAUGAAUUAGUCUAUUCUAUGAUACCGAGAUCAGUUGCUGACGGAUUAAGAGCUGGACAAAAUCCAUUAAAUACAUGCAAGAGUUUCGGAGCAGUAACUAUACUAUUUUGCUCCUUGGAGGAACUAAAUUCUCACACUGUGCUGGAUGCAAUGAGUUUAGUGGCAACUAUGAACACAGUAUUUUCAGUAUUUGACAAAAUGCUUGAUUUGCAUCACGUUUAUAAAGUUGAAACAAUUGGACAGAUAUACAUGGCCGUAUCUGGCGCUCCCGAACUCACAAAAGACCACACGAUGCACGCGGCGAAUUUGGCACUGAACAUGAUACGGCAGGUGGACCAUCUUGAACUACCAUCAAAAGCAAAAAUACAGAUCAAAAUCGGAUUACAUACCGGACCCGUAGUUGGCGGUGUUGUAGGAAUCAAAGUUCCGAGAUACUGUUUUUUUGGAGAUACUGUAAAUACAGCCUCAAGAAUGCAAAGUACAGGCACUUGUGGUAAAAUACACAUAUCAAAGGCUGUCAAUGAUAAUCUUAAAGGCUACUCGUUUAAACUAUUACCGCGAGGAAAAGUCAAUCUGAAGGGCAAAGGCGAAAUGGAAACGUUUUGGUUAGAGGGCGAGCCAAAGCAGCAAUUUAAUUAUUCACAAGAAUCGUCUCUUAAAUAGAAUCUUACUUAUGCAUGAUUUAUAUUUACA